UGUGUUGACUAAUGUCACUUGUUGAUCGCGGCGCGCUCACAGGAAACAAACCACGAAACAUUAAUCUCAUUUUUCACCACAGACACAGACGGUCUUCAUUCUUGGGGAACGACUAUUUUCUGAGAGUUUAACGGGACUGUUUCACUUUGUUUCGGAGAAUAAACGCCCACAAAGACCGAACUGUUGAUCUGAAAACCUUUCUGGGGGAAAAAAAAAAAAAAAAAUCAUCACAAGUGUUGAUCAUGUCUGGUGAAGAGGCUCCAACUCAACAGCUUCAACCUGAGCAGGAGAAGAAGCCCGAUGAGCCCCCGCCGGCUGCUCCGGAGCCCCCGCUGGAGUCCGAGGGAAGCCCCGCAGCUGCAGCAGAGGAGAAGGAGCUCCCCUGCCGGGCUCUGGUCCUGACCGGCUACGGCGGCUAUGAUAAAGUGAAGAUGCAGGUGAAGGCGCUGAGCCCAUCACAGCUGAAGGCGGGAGAGGUCCUGCUUCGGGUCAAAGCUUGCGGGCUGAACUUUGCCGAGCUCCUGGGCAGACAGGGGCUAUACGAGCUGCUGCCGGCCCCGCCCGUUACGAUGGGGAUGGAGGGCUGCGGGGUCAUCGAGGCGUGCGGGGAGGACGUGAAGGACAGGAAAGUUGGGGAUCGGGUCAUCACAUUAGCCCGCAGUGGCAUGUGGCAGGAAGUGGUGAUUGUGCCUGCUGACCGCACCUUCCUCAUGCCUGAGCAGAUGAGCUUUGAGGAAGGCGCUGCUCUGUCUGUGAACUACCUCACUGCCUACAUGAUGCUGUUUGAGAUGGCCAAUCUGAGGCCGGGGAAGAGUGUCCUCAUCCACAUGGCAGCAGGUGGCGUUGGUGUCGCUGUGACCCAGCUGUGUAGGACUGUGCAGGAUGUGACUGUCUUUGGUACAGCUUCAGCCUCCAAACACGAGACCAUUUCUCAGGGCGGGGUGACUCACCCCAUCGACUACCGCACCAAAGACUACGUUGAAGAGAUUCGCAAAAUCAGCCCAAAGGGAGUGGACAUCGUUCUCGACCCACUUGGUGGUUCAGACACCCAGAAAGGUUUUAGCCUGUUGAAACCUUUGGGUUCACUUAUAGUUUUUGGUGCUGCCAACUGUGUGACCGGCCAGAAGAAGAACCUUUUGGCCAUGGCUAAAACCUGGUACCAUCAGCUCUCGCUCUCCGCGCUGAAGCUGAUGCAGGUCAACAAGGCAGUCGGCGGCUUCCACCUGGGCUACAUCCCUGAUGAGGAGCUCAUCAGCAGGACCAUGGUGAUGCUGCUGGAGCUCUACAAGCAGGGGAAGAUCAAACCCCGUAUUGACUCCUGCUAUCACUUUGAGGAGGUGACCGAUGCCAUGAAGCGCAUGCACGAGCGCCAAAACAUCGGGAAAGUCAUCCUCCUUCCCGAAGCCAAGAAGAAGGAGGAAGAGAAGCCAAAGUCCGACCCUGAGCCGGUAGAAAGUGAGGAAAAAACAGGAGCUGCUGUCAGCGAGCAGAAAGAAGAGGUUGCAGAGGAAGUUCAAGCCGAGAAAGAUUGAGUAAGAGUGUUUAUUGAAUUAUGUUUUCAAUCACUUCCCUAUUAUUCAACCGCCAAAAAAAAGAAGGAAAUUGCAAGUUGCCAUGAAUACUUUGAAUUUGUCCGUGUUUUGGAAAUGUUGAUGAAGAUUUUGUUGUGGAAUAUGUCUAUAGUGAAAGUGUCGAUGUUGGGGAUAUUGUGUUUGAAUUGGCUCAUGUAUUCUGAUUUCAAGUUGCUGUUACAAAAAGGACAAACUGAAGGGAUCUGCUUCAAAUAUAUACGUUGAUAUACGUUAUAUACGCAUGUCUGAAACUUCUAAGAAAUGGUCUUAUACUUUUAUUAUGAAUAAAAGAUAAUAUAUAAAGAAAUCAAAAGUGAUUCUCCACAUCAUCAUCUCAGGUUAACACACAACUUCUCAUUCUCAUCCAGUACUCAUUGUGACCAACAAACCUGAUGCUUCAUUAGACUGCAGUAGCUCAGAGGAGAGCUCAUAUUACGAAUUCUACAUGUGGUUGGGAUAUUCGUAAAAAAGACUUCAUUCUUUUUUUUCUAUAUUAUGGUCCUUAUGUGGAGGUGUUUUAAAAAACACAUUUGUUACAGCUCCAUCAAACCUUUUUUCCUGUCGGUUGAGGCCAUGAUCAAUGGAGCCCGUUUGUUUUGCACCCAAAAGCAAAUGUUGAUUUGACCCCUUAGCUUUGAAAGAACCACCAUGAGUAGUAUUCCCAACUACUCAUUCUGGCAUAAGUAGACUGCGCUUUGUCAACUUUUUAUGAGAAUAUAACUCGCUAAUUUUUACGUUGUUAGACAUUUUUGUUCUUUUGUUUUGUCUUAGAAAAAUCUUAUUAUUUCACAGUUUUUCUCUUCUUCAUUUGAAUUAUUUUAUGUUCUUAGUGAGUAAAAUAAGCAGAAAGAUGCUUUCAAGAAGAAAUUAGUGUCAGAGUUGAUUGAUCAGCCCUUUUUCAGUGCCCAUGAAAUACAUCAGAAAAAGAUUUGUGUGAAAUCAUCUUACUGAACUUUGUGGGUUUUAAAAAAAGUUGUUUUUAAAUAGGCGUCAUAUCUGAAAACGGGAAAAGUCAUUUAAGUGUAACCAGAAUAUUUUACUGAGCUUUGGUAAAUGUAUUCACAUUAACCUACACCUGUGUUAUCAGCUAGAAUUAGUGUCGGGCUUGUUAUUGUAGCUAAUGAUCAUUUAGUGGAGUCUAGCUCCAAACAUUAUGAUGCACUACUUAAAUUGAAGUGUACUAUAGUGGCGUAUGUUUUCCCUUCCUUUCCUCUUCAAUGAAUGUUGUCAGAAAAGAAUCUCUCUAUGGAGAGCAGAGGUCAGUAUUUACCCUAGUUAGUGUUUUUUUCUUGCGUUUCGUGCCAAACGUAAAGCCAACUCACACCGCUGCCGUAAAGCAAACUGUGAAUAACAAUUAGCGGGACUUCCCGGCCUUGGCAAACCCUCGAGGGUUUCCUUUCCAAACAAUGUCGUGCUGAACUCAAGGUAAAACAGUUUGGCAGCCUUGAUUUGAAUGAGUCCUGUGAUUUAGCUGCUUUUUUAAUUGCCUUUUCAAAAUCAAAGGGAUUCCUUCCAUGUUUUAUUGUUUACAGAACAGCCGUAUGUGUUACUUUGUUAUUCCUCUUAUAUAGACGACACAUAGAGGUUAAAGAGUUAUGAAGGAAGGUGCUUUGCUAUAUGCACUUUGUAUGUCCGUGCUCUAUAUCUCUUCAUUUAGCUUUUACGGCUACACUGAAGCUUUUACAGUAUGAUGAUCGAUUUCCGCUUCAGUCUAUAAGUUUGAAUUAUUCACUUUUCUUCACGUUUAUGUUUUAUUUUCGAUGUGUGGUCUUAAAAAGUGGAGUUUGGGCUCUGAUGUUUAAUCCAGCUGUGGGUGUAAUUCAAUGCUGUGAAGCAGAAGAUGCUACUGAAGCACAACAGAGAGAGCAUUCCCCUCCGUCCCCCUCCGCAGCGACUCCUCACAUUCCUCUCCUCCUCACUCUCACCCCUGCUCUCUGUCUCUCUCUGAGCCUUCCUCUCCGUCCAGCAUGCUCUGUUUUUCAUUUUUAUCUCAGCACUUGUAACAACACAUUACAGAUAAUGCUUUAUGUUAUUUACAUUGACGAGUGUUUUCUUUUGUUCUUAUUUUCUUCUUUCUGGCCACUGGGAUAAGUGUUGUGAAGUUGGGCCAGGUUUCCAUCUGCUGGUGUGAAGUAAGAUCUGAUGUGGAUUUAGAGUGGGGACUGGAGUGGCUCAAUUUAACUAAUACACAAAAUAUAACAGAGUAAUAACUAACUAGCAUAUUGAGUUUUUUUUUAUAUGACACAGGCUUUUAAGAUUUGAUUUUAAAGAGCAUUUGGUGAAGAUUUAAAAUGUAAAGAAAAACAUGAAAGCCUGCUAAACAUGUUUGUAAUGCUUAAAUUCCACAUUUAACAUGAGAUAUUUGUAAGAACUACAAUUAGCUUUAAAAAAAUGUGAGAAAAUGUGUCUUGUAACACUUUAUAGUUCGACAAUUAUAUUGUGUACAUGAGCUGUUACUGUUACUCGUGCAGUGAGGGACAUCUAGUGGUCAAUGAAACAAUGUGCCUUUAAGAUGAGUCAUUAAAACACUCACCAUAAUGUUGCCUAUAGAGGAACAUAUUCUUAGCCUGCUGUUUAAAAAUACAUUUCCAGCUAAAAUCACGGUCUUCUAAUCACCUCUGAUCCUCCUCAGUUCCAAAAAUGUUUUGUAAUUCAAAAUAAGCCUUCACAUAUUUUUAAAGGAAGAGUCGGAAGUCUUCGAUUUAAAAGACAUCUAACAGUUAAAAUGACGCUAGCUGCUUUCAGUUGGAACAUGCUGAACAUGAUUCUUUGAUGGAAGCUGUGAGUGUCAAUGAUUGUGUCAUAAAUUCACUUAUAUAUAUACACUUUAUGCCUUCUGUGUUCAUGUGGCACUAACUUGUCUGUAUCAUUAAAGUGUUAUCACUUGUG